ACACCUCCUUUUAUCAAAAAUGAUGGACUCAUCAGAUAAUUUCACUACAAAGCCGAAGUACAGGGCAAUAGCCUUGGUAGCGACACCCAUUUUGAUCGCCGGAGGGGUUUACAUCGCUUGGAAUUACGCAGGACGUUUGUGGAAAAAACAAGAAAAGCCUACUGAGCCUCGCCCAAUGUUUGCACGGUGCAAACAAGAAAAGCCUACUGAGCCUCGCCCAAUGUUUGCACGGUGCAAACAAGAAAAGCCUACUGAGCCUCGCCCAAUGUUUGCACGGUGCGUCUCCUUGGCAACGCUUCAUGGAGGUAGUCUGGCCUUGGAGAGACUUCUUGAGUAUCAUGGUAAUCGGGCUAACGAAGAAGAGUUGGAGACUGCCCUCUCUCAGUUUAAAUCUCUGGUUAAACAAGAGAAACCAAAUUUCAAGGAGCUUCAGCGCCUCCUUGUGAAGCUGGAAAUGACAGGAAAGGAAGAUGAAGCAGUGACACUGCUGGAAAACGAAUUAGCUAAAUCGCGUGGGAGAAAUGAAAGCCAUGAAGCUUAUGAGAUUGAAAUGUUACUUGUGGAGAUGCUCAUUUACAAGGGAGAUUUUAAGAAGGCCUCAGAGUGCAAAUGCCUGAAAGAGAGUAAAAUUUCUGAUGCAAGACGUCCACUCUACAAUGCCAUCAUACAAAUGUUAUUGAAGAAAGAUGCGGAAGCAAAAGUAUAUUGGGAAGAGUUUAAAGAGGCCAGAACACAUCUGCUAACUCCGCAGAUCACCGAAGAACAUGAACACUUCUAUAAACUCGUAACAGACUUUGCAGAGUUUACAAACGUUGUCAAAGGGCUUGACAACGAAAUACAAAAAGCCAGAGAAAAUCAAUAGCUCCCCCAUAUUUUCUAUUACUGUAAAAAGGUACCGUCGGAGUAUACCAACGGAGGAGCUCUAUUUCUUUGAUGUAUCUGAAAUAAUUAUCACUCAUCUUU